CGUUGCAAACAGCCAGGAAUGGACCCUUGGCCGCUCCGUCCCCGAGCUCCGAUUGGGGGCCAGUUCAAGAAGGAAGUGGUGGUGGAUGGGCAGAGCCAUCUCCUGCUGAUCUGUGAGGAAGCCGGGCCUCCCGAUGCCAAGUUUGCCAAUUGGGCAGAUGCCGUCAUCUUCGUCUUCAGCCUGGAGAACGAGGCCAGUUUCCAGGAGCUGUCACAGUAUUAUGGGCUCCUCACUACCUACCGGGCAGUCUCCGACAUGGCUCUUGCGCUUGUGGGCACGCAGGAUAAGAUCAGCGCCAGCAACCCGCGCGUGAUUGAGGAUUCCCGAGCUCGAACUCUCUGCACUGAAAUGCGCCGUUGCCUCUAUUAUGAGACAUGCGCUACUUACGGGCUCAAUGUCGACCGCGUCUUCAGUGAAGUUGCCCAGAAGAUUGUGAAUAUGAAGAAACAGCAACAGCUCUUAGCGUCCUGCAAAUCUCUGCCAAGCACACCCAGCCACUCGGCUGUCUCCACCCCAGCAAGUAAUGGCGGCCACACGAGUGACUACUCCUCAUCCCUGCCUUCCACACCCAACAUCAGCCAUCGGGAGCUGCGCGGCGAAGCCGCGGCCAUUAUUGGUACACCGAGCUCCCUGCAUCGCGGGACCAAACGCAGGACCAGCCUUUUCACGAAUCGCCGGGGAAGCGACACAGAGAAACGGAGCCUGGACAGCAGGGGCGAAACCACGGGGAGCGGCCGAGCCAUACCCAUCAAACAGAGUUUCCUGCUGAAACGAAGCGGCAACUCUCUGAACAAGGAAUGGAAGAAAAAAUAUGUGACCCUGUCCAGCAACGGACUUCUCUUCUACCACCCCAGCAUUAACGAUUAUAUCCACAGCACCCACGGCAAAGAAAUGGACCUGCUCCGUACCACCGUCAAGGUGCCAGGCAAGCGCCCGCCGCGAGCCAUCUCGGCCUGCGGCGCCUCCUCGAGCAUCAACGGCUUGGUGAAGGACGUGAGCAGCGUUGGCGUGGGGGACAGCACCAGCCCCAGCCCAGGUCUGCUGAAUCCUCCAACGGACCAAGCGAUCAAGCUCUUAGGCAAACCGGACCGGAGCCUGCAGCGCUCUGUCUCCUCCUCCAAGGCUGAGGCGGUCCUGGCUGCAGAAGGGCUAUCCAGUCCUGGCAGCAGUGGCAAAGACCCUCCUCCAUCCCCCAUGGUGGACAGAAAGAAACACAGACGGAAGAAGCUUGCCACACCUUCCAAAACCGAGGGUUCUGUGGGGCAGGCGGAAGCUAAGCGUAAAAUGUGGAAAUUAAAAACCUUUGGUAGUUUAAGAAAUAUUUAUAAAACAGAGGAGGAGAACUUUGAGUUCAUCAUCGUGUCCAGCACGGGACAGACGUGGCACUUUGAGGCCAGCAGCUUCGAGGAAAGAGACUCCUGGGUCCAGGCCAUUGAAAGCCAGAUCUUGGCUAGCCUGCAAUGCUGCGAAAGCAGCAAGAACAAGGCUCGGAUGGACAGCCAGAGUGAAGCGGUGGCCAUCCAGGCCAUCCGGAAUGCCAAAGGCAACUCCUUGUGUGUGGACUGCGGGGCCUUGAACCCAACCUGGGCCAGCCUGAACCUGGGAGCGCUGAUCUGUAUCGAGUGCUCCGGCAUCCACCGGAACCUGGGCACCCACCUGUCGCGGGUACGCUCCCUCGACUUGGACGACUGGCCCCUGGAGCUCACCUUGGUGCUCACCUCCAUCGGCAACGAGACGGCCAACGGCGUUUGGGAGAAGUGCACACAGGGACGCAGGAAACCCACCUGCGAAUCAUCCCGGGAGGAGCGGGAGUCGUGGAUCCGAGCCAAAUAUGAGCAGCGUCUGUUCCUGGCACCACUGCCCGCCUCUGAACUGCCCCUGGGGUGCCAGCUCUUCCAGGCCGUGCUGGACCAGGACCUGAGCUCCGUACUGCUGUUGCUGGCUCACAGUUCCAAGGAACAGAUCAACGCCCCCACUGGGGACAAGGACCGGCGCUCGGCCUUACACGUGGCGUGUGACCUGUCGAACGUGGUCAUCACUCAACUUCUGGUCUGGUACGGUUCCGACGUGAAGGCCCGCGACGCCGUGGGGCACACAGCGCUCUUCUACGCUCGCCGAUCGGGGAGCCAGGAGUGCAUCGACAUCCUCUUGCAGCAUGGCUGCCCGAACGAAGGCUACAGCACUAUCCCCACCCCCAGCCUGCGCCGGAAAAGCAGCAGCGCCAGCGUGGGAAGGACCGAGGCCCGGACUGCCCUGGUGUAACGUGCUGGGAGGAGCGUCUUCCCCAUC